CGGGGCCGCCUCCCGCGGGCGCGCAUCUGCUGCGCUCCGCUCUCCCGGGAGAUCCGCCGGGACCGUGCCGCGCCGGGCCGAGCCGAGCCGGGCCGGGCCAUGGCCCCGCCGGGCCCCGCGGCGCUGCGCUGCGCGCUCCUGUGCGCGCUGCUGUGCGCGCACGGACCCGCUCCCACCCGCGCAGGAGAGUGUGGCCAGCUGAGCUCCUGCGAGCUGUGCACGGCUGUGCACCCCCACAACGGCACCGGCUGCGUCUGGGCGGGCUGCGGGACCCCCGAGGAGCCAGGAGCAGGGAGCUGCGUGCAGAGAGGCUCAGCAGUGCAGGGGACCUGUGCUCUCUACAACAGCAGCGCCCUGUGCCGAGCACUGAAGUCCCACACGGAGGAGCCUCCGCGGUCCCAUAGCAAGGAGCCGGUGACACACCCCACAAGGACCACCACCACGAGUGCCCCGCUGACAGGCAGCCCCGAGUUCCACGCGCCCGGCUUCGACACGGCCAGCUUCAUCGGGGGCAUGGUGCUGGUGCUGUGCCUGCAGGCCGUGGCCUUCUUCCUCUUCAAGUUCAUCAAGUCCAAGGACAGCACCUACCAAACGCUAGAGGACAACCAGUAGGUGCUGGGCAGAGGGGAGGGGGUGCCCCCACCCCAUCAUCCCCAGAGCUUCACCCCUGCCUCGCCCUCCCCGGGCACGGGGGACGGGGCCCUCCCUGCUGGUUUGCAUGACGGCGUUUCCCAACUGGUUUUGCUGUUUCCUGUCGGUUGUUAGGGAGGGAAGGGAAGGGGGUCCCCCCUGGCCCCCUUUGUGGCAUGGAGCCCCUCGGGGGGCAGCCCCAUAGAGCCCCUUCUGCCCGGGGUGAGGAGUCCCCAGUGCCCCCAGACCCACCCUGAGCCUCCCUGACAGCACGGGAACUGCAGGGCUCCCAGUCUGGCCCCAGCAGCCUCUCCCACCCUCAGCGCCCCCUGCCCCACUGCCUCCCCUCAGCCUCGAGGCUCAUGGGGCUGGGGGGUCCCCUCGUCCCCUCGGGGCUCCCGGGUGCUUCUCCCUGCAGGAUUCUGGCCGGAGCUCCCACCCCUGCCCUGAUCCCCCGUGCCCGCCAGGGGAGCCGAGCCAGGGCCUUGCUGUGUGCUUUGCUGUGCCUCUGUGUGCUCGGGGGGGCUCGGGGGUCCCUCUCCCCCACCGUCUCUCUGUGUGCUGUUUUGGGGAGGGGGUGCGUGCCGUGUGCUGUGGGGUGACACUGUAGCUCGGGCUGCCCCAUUAAACUCUGCCAGGUGGUGUC